AUGUCGCCCGGCCGUAUGAUCGCCCACCUCCUGAUCCGUGAGCUCGGUGACGACCUUGGGAACUUCACCUUUGUCGACUUUUGUGCUGGUGCCGGUGGCCCGACUCCCAUCCUCGAGAAAGAGAUCAAUCACCACUUGCGCACGCGUCGCAAGCCUGAGGCGCCUGUGCAGUUCGUCCUGACUGAUUUGCACCCCAACUUGCCAGCGUGGGAGGGGAUCUCGAAGAAGAACCCCCAUAUCAGUUACGAGCGUGAGCCCGUGGACGCCAGUCGAGCCCCGCCCCAGCUGGUGAGGAGGGGCGAUGGGAAAAAGCUGAUGAGGCUGUUCAACCUCGCCUUUCAUCAUUUCGAUGAUCCUCUUGCCAAGGAUAUCCUGCGCGACACCGUCCAGACAAGCCAGGGCUUUGCGAUUUUCGAACUGCAAGGGCGUACGAUCGAGAGCUUCAUUGCCGUCAGCCUACUUCCCCUACUGGUCAUGGUAGUGGCUCCAGUGCAUGCCUGGAAGCAUAAGUCCCUCGCCUCCUUAAUCUUUAUGUGGUUCAUUCCCAUCAUCCCGUUCGUACUCGUUUGGGAUGGCUGGAUCUCGGCGCUGAGGACUCGUGAGCCGGACGAGGUCGAGGCGCUGCUGAGGAGCUGUGGCGCAGACUCGAGCAAGUGGGAAAUCAAGAGCGGUAGCCAGCAGCACCUGUGGCCCGUUGGCUACGUCGACUGGAUCAUCUGCCAGCCCCGGGACACAUAA